CUGCAAUUGUGACAGCAUUCAGCGGAGUACCGUCAUAACUACCCCCGCCGUCACCGUAUGUCCGUUGUGCAUGAGUGCACAGAAACCACAACGUACAUACCCUGUACACUGUUCCAAGCUGUGUGAAAUCAUUAAAGAAGGGUUGAAGAAACCUCUGGAGUAGCCGCAGUUUUUCUCACAGAAGACUAAGGCCAGACUGUGUACGCCAGCAUUCAAAAUAUAAUUCACAAGUGGUCCUUCGAGCCGGAUGUACGCAAGCUGCGCUAUGGCUACAAGUAGAGGAUAUUAAGAUGGACAGCCGCCACGGAGUCCCCGUCCCAGCAGGGUGCGACGCAUUCCCGGACAUCUGGAGGACUACGAGCUCAGCUAUCCGUUCCAACCCCUUCAUCCCACCAUAACAAGGACAGUGUCGCCGACAACAUCUCCAUACGUAGCACCACCCAACAUGGGAGGACUCCUUUCCUAUCCAGGGCCCACAUAUCAGCCCUAUGAGAGCCCUGACGAUAGACUUCAGCGCCUAGAGGCACGCUGGCAGACUAUGGGACACCUAAUGAGAGAGUUGGAGGCUGAAAUGGAUAACGUAAGACUAACUCCUCACCACCAGGGUGGCUAUACUCACCCCACAUAUCGCUCACAUCAAUAUGCUGCAGAUAUGUCUCAGUACGGUAGUCUUCCCCAUCUAGAGAGAAUCCACAUGUGUCCCCGUCCCACUCGGAUGGCACAGGAUCCACCUGCAUCACACAUUCCAGCUUCGACAGUGCCCCUCUCUCAAGAUCAGGACACAGCUGCUGCCUCAUCAAUGCACGCUGCACCCUCCGCUAUACUGACAGAGGCUGUGGAUCAAGCUUCUUCUGCACAGCUGGCGGAUGAUCCCAUUUCACAGAUGAGACGUGUGGAUUCUGUAGCCUCUGUUUCAUCAGCAGCUACUGACCAUGUAACCCCUGUAGCAUUGGCCCCGCCCGCACAACCUGUGCCUCCAGUCAAUGUGAUACGACCAACUCCCACUACCUCACCGGUGCCACCUGCAGUCUCUGCAGUUCCUGUGCGGUCGAUCCAGACUGCAUCUGCCCCAUCACGACCAGCAUACAGUGCAUCCAGGUAUUGGCAGCCUCCUCCUCAACCAUAUCCCUAUCCUACUGUACAACAUCCCGCUCCUCCUGUCCAACACUACUAUCCUCAGCAGCCCUUUGCACCUGUGCGGCCACCAGAUAACACCAAUGCACCAGGUGUUUUAGAAAUGGUUAUUGCUUCAUCAUUAGGCUUUCCCAAGCCCAAACUGACUGUUUUUAGCUCAGGGAGGGAAGGUGACUUCCUGCUGCUUAAGAAGGGCCUGGACAGUAUUCUUGGGCCCCACAGACAUUUAAGCGAAGAUUAUAAGUACCAAGUCCUCCUCGACCACCUCAGAUUCCCUGCUGCACUUCAAAUAGCCAAGCGGUUCAUCAAUAGUGCAACGCCAUAUACUACUGCCAUGCAAUCCCUCAUGCACAGAUAUGGUCAGCCCAGACAGCUUGUGCAGGGAGAACUCAAUGCUAUCCUGAACGCUCCACCAGUGAAGGCCGGAGACUAUCAAGGUAUUGAGGAUUUUGCAGCAUCAGUUGGAAUACUAGUGGGCAUGUUAAGCACAACACAAGGCCCCUCAUCUCCAGAGCUGCUGUGUGGUUCUCACGUUGACACACUGCUCACUAAGCUGCCUGCUAACUACAGAGAUUCCUUCGCUGAAUACUGCUUCACUAGGGGAAUUAUUCAGAGUGGCAGUGACAGGACAUAUACUCUUCCAGACCUGGCAGAGUGGCUUGAGAGGAAAGUCCAGAUACUGCAGGUAUCCCGUCGAAUAAGUGCAUGUCCACCAGAACCCACACAUGCUGACAGCCAGGAGCGCAAAUCAGCAAAGCAGCCAAAGGUGAAGUCUGCAACUAUUCUCCUAGGUAACCACCAGGGGGCUCUGCAACCUAAUCCAGCUCCUGCAUCAAGCACCCCUCUACAGUCUAAGAAGCGUGACAGGUUUAAGCCCUAUUGCCCCUACUGUAACAACCAAGAACACUACCUCAAUGCCUGUGGUGAGUUUGCUAAACUCACAAGCACUGCUAAGGCUGACUGGAUAAAGGAGAAGAAAAGAUGCUGGAGGUGUGGGAGAGGACACACACCUGACAACUGCACUUUAAAGAAACCCUGUUCAACUUGUGGGGAACAACACCUAUCUGUGCUCCAUGAUGUGCCACAAACAGAGACUGUCCUGACUGUGAGCACAUCCCCCAGCAUGAUUUACAUGGACCAAAUUAGCCAUUCAGGUCAAGUGAUGCUGAAGGUUGUCCCAGUACGCCUGCACAAUGGGAAGAAAACACUCAGUACUUACGCUGUUCUGGAUGACGGAUCUGAAAGAACAAUCAUAUUACCUGCUGCUGUGCAUCACCUCGGUCUCAAGGGAAAGGAAGAAAUCUUGUCCCUGAGGACAAUUAGACAGGACAAGGUGCAGUUAAAGGGAGCUACAGUCUCACUCAAAGUGUCACCCCUGAUGAAGAAAGGGAUGAAACAUGACAUUCAACAUGCCUUCACAGCAGCAGAGCUGAAUCUGGUUGAACAAUCAUGUGCAGCUGAAACCCUGAAACGAAGCUACCAACACUUGAGAGACAUUCCAUUGCACUCCUACAGUAGAGCCAAGCCUAUGUUACUCAUCGGUUCUGACAACCCUCACCUGAUAACACCAGUAUUCCCAGUCCGGUCUGGCCCGAUCGGUGGACCUGUAGCCGUGUGCACGGCUCUGGGAUGGGCUGUGCAGGGACCUGCCACCUUCCUGCAGCAUCCAUCAGGUGAGAACAGCUGUCUUCAUUCUUCAUUCCUCUCUCCUUCUGAAGAGCUACGUCAAAAUGUUGAAAGACUUUGGAAGCUAGACACAUUGCCAUUCGGAAACAGUAAGGAGGUGACCUGCUCUUGUGAGGAUAAAGCAGCUAUGGAACAACUUGAGCAGAAGACCAUCAGAGUCACAGUUGAUGGUGUGUCCCGCUAUGCCACUCCAUUGUUGCGUAAACCAAAGGCACCCACUCUCCAUGCUCCACCCAUGGCCGUGAUGGCUCUCCUCAGAGCAACAGAGCGCCGCCUUGCUACCAACCCUGAACAAUCCGCUGUGUACAACGAGGAGAUACACAAAUUGGAGAAAGCUGGAUAUGCUGUCAAGAUCAACGCUGAUGAGGUGAGCAAGUCAAAGGAGUCAUGGUUCCUCCCUCACCAUCUUGUUUAUCAUAAUGGUAAAGCGAGAGUUGUCUUCAACUGCUCAUUCAACUAUCAACAAGCCUGCCUUAAUAACAACCUGCUUCCUGGUCCUACCUUGAGUGCACCACUGCUUGGCGUGCUACUGAGGUUCAGGGAACACGCCGUAGCCAUCAGUGGAGAUAUCCGCGGCAUGUUUCAUCAGGUGCGUGUCCUCCCUGAAGACCAGCCACUCCUCCGCUUCCUGUGGCGUGAUGGUGAGAGAGAGCGCAGCCCAGAUGUUUAUGAGUGGCGUGUUUUGCCAUUUGGGACUUCCUGCAGCCCAUGCUGUGCAACCUAUGCUAUGCAGCAUCAUGUGCAAGAAUACAGUGAGGGCAAUGAAGACGUGGUUCAAUCUGUGCUGCAAGCAUUUUAUGUAGACAAUUGUCUCCAGUCUCUGCAGUCUCAGGAUCAAGCCAGACAGCUCAUUGACAAGAUGAGAGCUCUCCUUGCCAGUGGAGGCUUUGAUAUGAGACAGUGGUCCAGCAACAUGCCCGAGGUUAUCGCUCAUCUACCUCCCGAAGCCAGGUCAGCAGGAUGUGAGUUAUGGCUGACUGCAAAUAAGACCGACCCACAGGAGUCAACACUCGGCCUCCUGUGGCGCUGCAGACCUGACACUCUUGGAUACAAACUCAGAACCAUCCCAGUGACUGAACCGACCCUGAGAUAUGUAUAUCGAGUUUUAGCCAGUCAAUACGACCCUCUUGGCUACGUCAUACCGUAUACCAGACGUGCCAAGGUCCUGGUCCAAGCCCUGUGGAGGAAAGAGAGAGGAUGGGAUGAGCCUAUUGAGGACAGUCUCCUCCCUGUAUGGCAAGCGUGGGAGAGCGAGCUCCCACAGCUUCAACACAUCACAAUGCCACGUUGUUACACCACUAACGUUCCUACCGACACUCCUGUUGAACUACACAUCUUCUGUGACGCCUCAGAGAAAGCCUACGGUGCUGUAGCAUACAUGAGGGUUGAAGACAGUGAAGGAAAGGUACAGGUGGCAUUUGUUAUGGCAAGAUCUCAUGUAGCACCAAAGAAACAGCUUUCAAUACCUCGCCUGGAACUGUGUGCAGCCCUGUCAGGUGCACAAAUAGCCAAGGUCCUGCACACAGAGCUGACUCUGCUGGUAAAGAAAACAACACUGUGGACAGAUGCCACGACUGUUCUGCACUGGAUCCAGUCCGAAUCUCAGCAGUACAAGGUAUUUGUGGGGACACGGAUAGCAGAGAUUCAAGAGCUAGUUGGAGCAGAUACCUGGAGAUAUGUUCCCUCAGAAGAGAAUCCCGCCAAUGAUAUCACCCGGGGGAAAUCUCUGGCAGAUCUAAUGAAGCCCAACCGCUGGUCAUGUGGUCCGACUUUCCUCCACCAGCCUCCAGCCGAGUGGCCAACUAAUCUUGCUGUAAGUUCCACACCUACACCAGCCGAAGAAACCCGUGAUACCAUCUGUUGUGGAAACAUCACAGUAAGCAGCCUUCCAGUCCCAGAUGUAACUCAGAUCAAAUCAUGGUCAGAACUGAUAGAUGCCACAUUCCAGUCCCUACACGGGGCGGCUGCUCCUCCCAUGACUGCAGCCGACAGAGUCAAGACAGAAGUUGUCAUCUUGAAGAGAGCACAACAGAAGAGUUUCCCGGCGGAGUUUACUGCACUGCAAGCAGGUAAACCCCUCCGCUCUAAUAGCAGCUUGCUGUCUCUAUCCCCUGUUUACGACAAAGAUGUGGAGCUGAUAAGGGUCGGAGGUCGCCUUCGAAAGGCAGAGAACCUAGAAGAGGACACUAUCCAUCCUAUCAUCCUGGCACCAAACCACCAUGUCACGAAGUUGCUCAUACAGGACUAUGACAACCGGUUGCUUCAUGCAGGUCCUGACCGUGUAUUUGCAGAAAUAAGGAGGACAUACUGGAUCAUUCGUGGACGUCAAGCUGUCAAGAAACAUCAGCAUAGCUGCGCAGAGUGCUGUAAAUGGCGCAGCAAGCCUGUCAUUCCUCAGAUGGCCGACUUGCCAGCUGCACGGUUGCGCAUCAACCAACCACCGUACUGGUCUACUGGGGUAGAUUGUUUUGGCCCAUACACCAUUAAAAUAGGCCGCAGACGUGAGAAAAGGUGGGGUAUUGUCUUUAAGUGCCUCACCACGUGGUGUGUGCAUCUGGACCUUUUGUGCAGCAUGGACACUGACUCCUUCUUGCUCGCCUUACGACGCUUCGUGGCAAGAAGAGGGAAGCCGUUUGAGAUUCUCUGUGACCGAGGCACUAAUUUCCGGGGAGGAGACAGAGAGCUGCAAGAGGCCUUCGCCGCACUUGAGCCAGCACUAAAGGACCAGCUUGCUGAGCAGAGCAUCGACUUCAGAUUUAACCCACCACUUGCACCUCAUUUCGGCGGUGUUUGGGAGAGAGAGAUCAAAUCUGUUAAAGCUUCCCUGCAAGUGGCCCUGAAAGACCAAGUGCUCCCAGAGGAAGUCCUCAUGACGGUCCUGAUAGAAGUUGAGGGGAUUCUCAACUCAAAGCCCCUUGGCUAUGCUACAUCAGACAUCGCAGAUCCCGACUCCAUAACACCAAAUCUCCUACUCAUGGGGCGGCGGGAUGCAUCACUUCCACAAGCUGUGUAUCACAACAGUGACCUGCUUGGACGUCGCCGCUGGAGACACAGCCAGGUGCUGGCAGAUCACUUUUGGCUCCAGUUCACCAAGAACUAUCUCCCCAACCUUCAACAUCGUCGGAAGUGGCAUAGUUCUACUGUGGACCUCGCUCCAGGUCAGGUGGUCAUAAUCAUUGACCCACAGCUGCCAAGAGCAUUGUGGCCAGUUGGACGAGUCACCAAAGUGAUCCCCAGCGAUGACGGCCGGAUACGUACAGCUGAGGUGAAUUUGGGGGCGGCUCAUGAACAGUCACUCAGCACCCAGUCAACAAUUUUCCACUCAUCCCACCUCUCCUGCCUGCUUCGUCUGAUUCCCUGUAAAUGCCCCAGCCUUCUGUCUCUGACCAUGAGACCCUGA